GAUAGGUAGAAAUGACAUGGGAAUCUAUUAAAAAUAACAUGUUCUGAAUAUUCACAUUGGAUUUCAAGGGUAUCUAGAACAACAAUAUCUACAGAAUGUGUGCAAUAUUUACUUUGGCUUAGAUAUGAGUCUUUUCCACCUCUGAAUCGUCAAUGUCGUAUAAAAGCUUAAACCAGGUCGAGCCCUCAACCCGUCUCGUUCGAUCGUACCCCAUCACAGCACCUAACCCCUGACCCCAAGUAGCUCAGACUGGUCGAAGUUGGUAAAUAUUUCACAUCCUUCUUCACAGCAGUGCUGUAUAGACCCGGGCUAAGCACUGUAAACAUGUUCCUGAGAGGGAGAGUAGGAAUCUAGGGCACUAUUAUCUGGCCCCUUUUCUUCGAGCAGAAGCAGAGAUCUGUGGAUGGAGAGAGCUGGAGAGAGAAAGAGAGAGAGAGAGAGAGGAGAUAUUUCGUGCUUUAUUCAGGCUGCUGGAGAAGACUAAUUCUUAAUACUCCUUUCUAGGAGCUAGACAAUCUCACAGGGACCUUUACUAUAAUACACAACCACACACACACACUUCAUACACUCUCUCAGCACCAUGUUGGAGGAGAAGAAGACCAAGGUGAAGAUCACGUUCUUUAUCAUCCUGGUGGGCAUCUCCUGCAUGCUGGCUGCCAUGGUGACGGACCACUGGACUGUACUGAGCCCGCCGUUCAACAAGUUCAACGCCACCUGUGAGACGGCCCACUUUGGCCUCUGGAAGCUCUGCAUGAAGACCAUCUUCAUGGUGGAGGAGGACCCUGAGGGCCAGGGCUGUGGCCCCAUCAGUCUGCCCGGAGCCAAGAACUGCUCCUACUUCAAACACUUCACUAAGGAAGAAGAGGCCAAAGGGUUCGAAGCCAAAACUCAGAAAGAGUACAACCUCUCAGCAGCGGCCAUUGCUGUGUUCAGCCUGGCCUUCAUGACCCUGGGGUCGCUGUGUGUCGUGUGCUCCUUCGGGAAGGGGAGGGACUACCUGCUGAGGCCUGCUGGGAUGUUCUUUGCCUUCGCAGGUCUCUGCAUCAUCAUCUCUGUUGAGGUGAUGCGGAACUCCACCAAGCGGAUGAUUGACAGCGAGGAGACCGUCUGGGAACAGUACUACUACUCCUGGUCGUUUGAAUGUGCCUGCACCUCCUUCGUCCUCCUGGUCUUCAGUGGUCUCAGCCUGUUGAUCCUCUCCAUGCCCCAGAUGCCACGCAACCCCUGGGAGACCUGUAUGGACGCAGAGCCAGACUCCAUGGAGCCUUUAGACUAGUAGUAGUAGAUCAGAUUAGACCUGCCCAGAUCAACCCCUGGGAGACCUGUAUGGACGCAGAGCCAGACUCCAUGGAGCCCUUAGACUAGUAGUAGUAGAUCAGAUUAGACCUGCCCAGAUCAACCCCUGGGAGACCUGUAUGGACGCAGAGCCAGACUCCAUGGAGCCUUUAGACUAGUAGUAGUAGAUCAGAUUAGACCUGCCCAGAUCAACCCCUGGGAGACCUGUAUGGACACAGAGCCAGAGUCCAUGGAGCCCUUAGACUAGUAGUAGACUCCAUUAGAACAGACUAGACUACUCUAGACCAGGGGAAUCUUCAACAAAGGCUGCUAAAACCAUACAUGUUUUUAUAGAAUCCAACUGAAGAUAAACUAAAUUGAGGCUGGUGGUGGGGGCAACAGAGUUAAGGAUACAGAUGAAUGAGAGUGGGGCACCCCGCCUAAGUAAUAGUAGAAGGGGAAACACUGCACUACACUGCUUGGUUUUAAGUGUACAGAUAAAGAUGUAAGGCAGGAUCUCUGAGCAGUCCUUGAGGGCCACAGAUUUUCCUUUCUUUGGUCCUUAACUGAUACAUUUCUGUCAUUGAUUGCAGAGAGUGUCCGCUCUCCUGGUCCAUAUCAUCCGUUACUAAGCAACAGACACUGUGGCACUUGAGGACUGCCCUGAUAUAGGGUGCGUUAGUAAAUUCACCAUGGCAACUUACUUCAAAAUUCAGAACACUCUGGUUGGAGAGUGCCAGAGCGCAGAAUCAUUUAUGAAUUUACGAACUGCCUAAACUCAGUUGUUAUGACAGAUUUAAGUAAACAUCGGCUAAAAAACUGAAUUAAAUUGUUGCCAGUAACACAGUUACAGUCACUAACCCUCUUGAUAACAUGAAAACACUCUAGCACUAAUAGCAGCUCUGCAAGGGUGAGUAACAUGUUCAGAGUGAAGUGUUCUCUCAUUUGUGUCUGGAAGUAGCUAGCAAGCAAGCUAAGCAAGUUUAGCCAGUUGGCUUAAAGCUUGAAGGCCGUAAAGUCAGAAUGCUCAGAUCAACCCUAGACCUCGGCCAGAGUGUCCAGUGUGCACUCUGAACGCUCCGAGAUCGAAACACUCUGAAGUUAUGAACGGACAAUCUGACAACACUCUGAAUUUACAAACACUCAAAGCACACUCCGAGUGCACUCUGACACUCUAAAGUGAAUUUACGAACGCACCUAUAAUGUACAGUAUUAAAAUGUGGCUUUUGCUAUAAAAUGACCACAGAGACAGAAAGAGCUAAAGAACAUGGCAACAUAGUGAGCUGCUACUCUGUGUAAUUUAAUAUAGUUUGAGCUGUCUUGUACACGUCUAAUAUACAUUUCCGCUCUAGCGUUCUACAUUUUUGUAAUGAAAUAAGUUAAUGCUUUAAUGAACGUUGCAUUGUAAAUGUUCACCCCUCCAGGCAGCUACAAACAAUGUGUAUUUAUUUAACAUGUAUCAAUGGAUUAAACCAUAUUGAAGCUCCAGUGCAAUGCCAGUACACAGAUCUACUGUAUUAGUUAGGGAGCUACACUGCUGCUUGUUGUUUACAGAGGAAACCUAGAAUGUACAGCGUGUAUACAGUACUUGUAUGUUUUAAACAUGGGCCUAUGAAGAUGAUAGAUAUGUUGUUUUGUGUUCAAUAGUAGCUUCAUCAAACAAUCCUUUCCAAUCUAGCUUGAACACAAAACAUUCAAGCUCACCACAGUGAUUAUUGGACAGAUACAUUGUCUUCACUGAAUGGCAAUAUCUCCCAUUGUGUACCUCUCCUCAUAUUGUAUUCUCUCUCUCUCUCUCUCCCUCUCCCUCUCCCUCUCUACUGUCUAAUUAUCUAUCUAUCCCCCCUCUCUUCCCAUCUGUUUCACUUAAAGUUCCAAAGCAAAAGAUGAAGUGUGAGAAUGUUUCAAGGGUGUUGUGAUAAAUUCCUUUCUUUCUAUUGACACAGGACAGUUGUUGCAGAAUGAAUUAUCUUCAAAGUAUUAUAGCCAGCUGAACAAGUUAAAUUGUAGUGAUUUUCAGUCAACAAGCGACAGGCAUGCUCUGUUUUUGGGGAACACUGAUGUAUAGGUACUGAUAUCAAUAGCUACAAAGCAGUAAUGUUCUGUGCUGACAGAUUCAAGUACAUCUAAACACAAACACCCCUUGUUCUCACCCAUCUAAGCACCGAACCCAUUGUUUUGUGCUAGGUUCUCUGACAGGUACAGUAUAAUACAUAUUUUCUACAAGGCCUAACCAUUGCUGUUUUGCUGUGAGCACGUAGUCAUAGAGUUAUUAAAGAGGCAAUCUGGAGUUCAAACAACAACAAAGGAACACCCUGCCACUGAUUUGGUAAACAGCUAAGGGAUGAGACUCGAGAUACAAUAUGUGACUAUUCUCAAUGUGUAGACAGAUGUAACGGUCUGAGUGUAGUGGGUGAGGAGUCAGGCGCAGGAAGCAGAGAGUUCAGGGAAGUGCUAUUUUAAUGCACAGAGAAAACGGCGAACAUAAGCCAACCCUCACGAAAACACAGGGCGUAAACGAGCAAACAAAUGCCCCAAACAAGGGGACUUAAACUGUCCAGGAAAACCCCACAAAAUGGGAAAACACACAACCCAUAGAUGUGCACCCACGUACACCAAACCGACUGCACAAUAAUUAAUCCCGCACAAGGAACCAUGCGGGCCGGCUGACUAAUAAAGCCUUACUACUAACUACCUAACUCAAAACAGGUGCAAUCAAU